GAUUCACUCCCCGAGACGACUCAGUGUUCUCGAGUCAUGGGAAAGAUCCGUUCAAAAUGAACGAAACGAAACAUCACUAGAGCAGAGCAUUAGGAGAGGACAUGAGAAACAGCACCAUGCGGAGACGGAGCUCCACUUUCUCCUCCGCCGCCUGCGUCUAUCUCCUGAUCUUCUGCACGGAGCUGUGUGAAGCAUCAGGCUACUUUGAGUUCCGUGUGCUGUCGGUCAGGAAUGUCAAAGGGGAGCUGCAGAGUGGCUUGUGCUGCGAUGGCACAAGGAACGCUGCGGACAACAACAGAUGCACGUGGGACGAGUGCGACACGUAUUUCCGCCUGUGCCUUAAGGAGUACCAGUCCAAGGGGACCCCUGGUGGACCCUGCAGUUUCGGCAGUGGAUCUACGCCGGUGAUCGGCGGGAACGUCAUCUCGCCCAAGAACCUGGCGGAGAACGACGAGGCUCGCAUCGUGCUGCCAUUCAGCUUCCCCUGGUUGAGGUCGUACACACUGAUCGUGGAGGCCUUGGACUUCAACAACGACUCGAGCACUGGGAGCAGCGGCGGUGAAGUGAUCGAGAGGGCCAUGCAAGCGGGGAUGAUCAACCCAGGCAGACAGUGGCAGAGGAUGAGACACAACGGAGGCGUGGCGCAGUUCGACUACCAGAUCCGCGUCACCUGUGACGAAUACUACUACGGCUUCGGCUGCAGCAAAUUCUGCCGGCCGCAAGACGACUUCUUCGGCCACUAUGACUGUGACCACAACGGCAACAAGAUGUGCCUGGAGGGCUGGGCUAGCCCCGAAUGCAGCACCGCCAUCUGUAAGCAAGGCUGUAGCACUAAACACGGAUCCUGUAAGGUGCCCGGAGAGUGCAGGUGUUCGUAUGGGUGGCAGGGGGAGUACUGCAAUCAGUGUAUCCCAUACCCCGGCUGUGUGCAUGGUACCUGUGAGGAACCGUGGCAGUGUCUCUGCGACACCAACUGGGGAGGACUGCUCUGUGACAAAGCUUCCGGUGUGACCACUGCCUCUACCCCUGGUCAGAGUCUUGUCGCUUGGUGGUGCUCACUGAUGCUGUGGAUGGAUCUGUGUGGACAGCCUGACCCAGGAGACAGCCAUGGACAGAGCCACUUGGGGACUUUCACACCAUCACAGAUCUGCCAUUACAUCUGUCAGCUUGAGACAGCAAGGAAUUAGUGUCUUUAAUGACCUCAGAAACUACAGUGACCUAAUAGUUCCUCAUGAGCCAUUUAUUGCUGUUGUAAAAAGGACAUUAAUCAGCUACAGUUACAUUAUUUACUGUCCAGUGUCACCCAAAUGAGGAUGGGUUCCCUUCUGAGCCUAGUUCUUCUCAAGGUUUCUUCCUUAUAUCAUCUCAGGGAGUUUUUCCUUGCCACCGUCACCACAGGCUUGCUCAUUUGGCAUAAAAUAAAAUAGGGAUAAAAUAGUUUAAUAAUUUAAUUUAAUAAUUUUUUAUUUUUUAAUUAUAUAAAAAAUAUAUCUAUCAUUCAGUGGUGUGCUGUCAGGGCCAGCAAGGCCUUCUCUGCCGGCCUAAACAGCAGUGAUCCGAAUCACUGACUUGCAUUUUAAUAUAAUUAAAAUAUUUUUCCAUGAAUGUGUAUUAAAUUAUUCUCCAUAGUCUAUUCUCUACAUUUCAUAGCUUUGCUCUUGGUUGCGCUGCUUCCAGUAGUGUAUAUUUAUGAUAAGAGUAUUUAUCCAAUCAUAUUUCAGCCAGUAGCUGAUAUCAUGUGUUGCCAGGGUGAAAGAAAUCUGCCUUAAGGCCUUCAGAAUCAAUAGUGCAGGCGCCCGUAGCUUAAAAUAAGUGGCAAUGAAACUGUUACAUCACUGGGGCCAUCUAGCAGGCAUACGAUUACGUCAGCAAUUUCCCGUCCUUUGAUUGGAUAAUUGGAGUAGUCAGAGAGGCAGCGAACUGCACAUAAACAUUGUUUCUAUAUUCGCUGUGUCCCAUUUCGGAUGCUGCGUCCUCAGGAGAUUGCUCUUUGCUGCAUAUGUCAUCAAGAAUGUCUUUUUUGAGAAAUGUAACCGUAAAAAAAUUGACUAUUCCUUGUGAGGUGUGAAAUACUGUAGCCUAAUUUCUUUAUUACUUUGCUAUUUAACGGUUGAUUAUUAUCUAUUGCCAUAGCAUCCAGGGACGAUUCUAGAAUUUUCAUUUAAGGGGGGCUCAGCCCCCAGUGAGGGUAUAAUAGAAAUAAAAUAAAAUAAAAAAAUAAAAUAAAAUAAAGGUUUGACUAACAGGUUAAGAUGGUAAACUUAUUGCAGCAUUCCACUGUAUUGCAUAGAUAUGUAUAACACAGUACUGAACAAGCCAAAUACGAGUCUUCCUGAUCACACACACACACUUGUCCUCUGAUCCUUGCUUUGCGACGCAGCAGUCUGUGGAUUGAAGAACGCGCUGAAAGACGGGGAGGAGCCGAAGUCUGCUGCCGUUUUCAUAUGAAAUUUUGAGGGGACCGAGGCGAUCACCAAUUUGUGUACAAUUUAUAGAGAAUUGUAGAGGGCUGAGUAGAAAAUGGCCUAGCAACGCCCAUGGUGGCGUCAUAAUGAUGGUAUAGAGGUGGAUUAAUUCAGGAAGGUCACCAGUGAAGGCCUAGGUCUGAAAUGCACAGUCCACCACUGGUAUCAUUACAUAACUUAAUUCCACAAUGGGUUCAUUCAUUAAUCUUCAGUAAAGUCUUUAUCCUGAUCAGGGUCACGGUGGCUCCCUAUCAUGGACACACUAGGCACAAAGAGGGAACACACCAUAGCAACGGAAUCAAGCACAUGGACACUAACACAAAUCAUGUGUAAGCAUUUUUUUAUGUUGGCUACUGGAACCAGUGCUACUUGAUGAAAAGAAACCAACUUGUACUUAGUUAAUGUUGACUAUUUACAUGAAAUAAACGUAAAGUUAAAUAAA